ACUUGCGGCAGUGGGGAAUUGAGGCUGUGUGUCAUAGCCCGGAAGGUUCACUGCCAGCGCAGGUCCUCUUCUCUGCAGUUGUGGUUUCAGGUUUCAAUCCUCCCAAGAGCGCAACACGUUGCACGGUGCAGGGUUGCGGCUGCCGCCUCCGCCUCCGCGCCCCAACCCAGGCAGCUCCGGAAAGAUAAUUUCAGACCCGCGGCCGCGCACUCUGCCUGCCCCAGACCGAGGUUGGGCGCAGCGGCGGAGGCUGCUUCUAGGCUGCGCUAGCUAGGCGCGCUGGGAGGCGGCGAUCAGAGCUGGGCCGGGACUUCCUUCCUCCACCGCAGGACAACAAAACAACCCGGCAGCAGGCACUGAGCUCUUGGCAGCUGUCUGGGCGAGAGGCGCAGCGAUGGGCUCCGUGCUCAGCAGCGAUAGCGGCAAAUCCGCGUCCGCCUCUGUUGCCCCGCGGACCCUGGUGCGCAGGGGGCACUCCGAACUGCCCGUCACGUCCUUCGACUGUUCAGUGUGCCUUGAGGUGUUGCACCAGCCUGUGCGGACCCGUUGUGGCCACGUAUUCUGCCGUUCCUGUAUUGCUACCAGUCUAAAGAACAAUAAGUGGACCUGUCCUUAUUGCCGGGCAUAUCUUCCUUCAGAAGGAGUUCCAGCAACGGAUGUAGCCAAAAGAAUGAAAUCAGAGUACCAGAAUUGCACCGAGUGUGACACCCUGGUUUGCCUCAGUGAAAUGAGAGAACAUAUAAGGACUUGCCAGAAGUACAUAGAUAAAUAUGGACCACCACAAGAACUUGGGGAGACAGCAACAAGGUGCAUAUGUCCAUUUUGUCAGAAGGAAUUGGAUGAAGACAGCUUGCUGGAUCACUGUAUUACGCAUCACAGAUCGGAAAGGAGACCUGUAUUCUGCCCACUUUGCCGUUUAAUACCUAAUGAGAAUUCAAGCAGCUUCAAUGGCAGUUUAAUAAGACAUUUGCAAGUUAGUCACACUUUGUUUUAUGAUGAUUUCAUAGAUUUUAAUAUAAUUGAGGAAGCUCUUAUAAGAAGAGUCUUAGACCGGUCACUUCUUGAAUUUGUGAAUCAUUCAAACACCACUUAAUUUUAUUAAGAGGAUGGUGGAAGGAACCAUUCAACUGCACCAUUUAAGAUGCUGCUUGAACAACUGGAGGGAUACUGUCAAUGUUUGAUGGGCAAAAAUGUACAAAACAGUUCUAUGUUUGUAUAUGUUUAUUGUUAUAUUGCAUUUAAAAACUGCUUUCAUUUUGAUGGUUUAAAUCUGUUUUACAUUCUUGAGUUUCUUAGAUAUUUAACAACAAAAAAUAGUUUCCAUCAGUCAUUAAUAUAUGGAAGAGACACAGGCUGUGUAUGUGGGUGGAGGAUCUGCAUUGCAAAUUGGAUGACACUGUGGAACGCUAUAUAUUAAUAACUAGCAUUAUGGUUAGGCAAGAUAAUCAAUCUUUGUUCUGUGUAAAAAGAUAGAGAGUGAAACAAAGUGUGGACAUUCAAGGAAAUGUGAAAUAUGUUCCAAUGCUCUCGUUCUAAUCUCUGAUAGAAUAACAUGAAUAAUCUUAUAUGGGAGUAGGAAAGAAAAAUUUUGGAAGUCAACAAAGUCUAUUUAACCAAAUCGUAUUACAUAAACCUGUAACAAAAUAAAUUUUGUGUUAGAAAUAUA